GCAGAACGUACGUAAAUAGAGCACUAUCUGUGUCAUUCAAGAGUUGCCACAAUUCCACAUUACACCACGACUCAUCAUAACCAUGGAAGGGAAUAGGAGGAAAUGGAGAAAAGCUUGAGCCACACUCGUGAUUUGAGGGGGCCCUACGCCCGGGUUUUCCUUCUUUUCAUUGCUGUCCGUUUUAACAGCUCGCAUUAUAUCGGUAGGUGGCAACUGUGUGUGUUGCCUGCAGGGCGUGCACUAACAUGACGUGCUAGAAAUGGACGGGAAUCCCUCCCACAUAACGCAACGCCUCCGCCUCGGCUGCAAGAGAUGCUGCUCAUGGAUUCCUCCCUUCUUCCCAUUCUCCAAGGUUUCUCCUAGUGAUGCCGACUCGGUCCUCGUCGAGCCCUAUAUUUUGGGUGCUGGCUCACUGCAAGCUACAUCUAAGAGAGAUCAUCCACCAUGGCCAACAUGCAGGCUUUGUCCCACAAGACCCACCUGAGCACGAACGUAAGCAACGGGCUGGCCCUGUUACUCGUGGCUCUAUCAGUGAUCUGUGGCCUCUUCAGCUUUGUUUUAUGCCUCGCCGCCGAAGGUUCGAGGACUGAGGCCACCUGGUAUAUCAUGAGCGACCAGGGUCAUGGCAGCGCUGCAUCUGUGUGCACCUACGACGCCAGCGGCCGGAGACCACUGGCGUUUGCUGUGGGUGCAUUCCUGUCGCUUGUGGUGGCCAUGUUCGCAGAACAUGCCUACUUGUUGGUUGUCAUCACUAGUCGACCGCCGCCGGCAUCAGCACCCCAGACACCACCGCUGGAAAUAGCAGAUGUUCAAUGCCGGUUACGAACUCAUAAAUUGUGGGCCCGUAAUCUUUAUCUCAUGGCAUGGAUCUGUUUUGCCAUCGCUGAGGCGCUUUUGCUGAUUGCUAUGGCCGUGGAAUCAAGUCAUCUAUGCCAAUGGGCAAAGCCAAGGUCCAGCUGCCGUGUAAUUCGACCAGGGUUAUUUGCAGCAGCCGGAGUUUUUGGAUCGCUAACGGUCCUCCUGGGAAUCGCCCUGUAUGUAACCGCCUCGAGCACACAAAAGUUACGCCAAACACUGCAAGGCAUGCUCAUGGCAUUCCCCAGUGCACCACCGCUACCUAUAUGAGGGCAAAUGAAAGCCAUGCACCAUGGGAGGCAAAUGAAAGCCAGCCCCCACAAAGAGACUCAAUCACCCAAUAAGACCUCAAGGCUUGAAAUGGUUUUUGGGUAUAACACAACCAUGUGCCUUUGCAAUCGUUUCACUGUAAUUGAAUUCAGUCAAAAACCUCAUUUCACUACUUCAUAAGCUUGGAGCCCUCAAAACCAAAAGCCUGAGGCUGCCGAGCGUAUUGACAACAGCAUUCUCUUGCAAAAUAUCACUAUGCCAUUAGUAUUCCGUACAAAUUUCCGAGUGGUUAGUAAUCAAACUAUCACAAUCUGAUAGAGCACCGGAGUUAGUUCACCAAACAAUAAAAGUGGCAACUUACAAACAUCAUCAAACAGUUUAUUCAGCUCACUUUUUACACAGCAAAGUACCCCAAGAAACCGAAUACUUGCAUUGCUUGGAGAGAGCAUAACAAACAUUUCACCAAUCUUUUCUUCUA